UGCUGAGAGCGAGCUGGGGAAGGAGAGGUGAGGACGAACGGAAUCGUUCCCUUUGUGUACUAAAGGAGGGAUAGAAUAAGGUUUACAAAGGAUCUCCCCUUCGUGGAACAUAUUGGAGUAGAAACAUUUUUAAGCAGAACAGUGUAUGAAGAUGGAUAUAUGGAGCUUCUGCAGGAAAGCUCCAAUACUACUGCUUUGUCAACAUCGCGGAACCUCUCGUCCUCCUCAUCAGCAUUUGUCUCUGCAAUCCAGUCUCCUUUCUUCUCCCCACGUUCACCACAGGCUUCUAAACCAGAGCAAAACCUGCUAGAUAUUGCAGGCUCUUCUACUGGCUCUGUUAUAAGCAGGGAAACUCUUGCUUCAGUUUCUGGCUUUAAACAAUCAGAAUUGAUCUCUAACCUAAAAAAUUUUGCUUCAGAAGUUUCACCUACCCCAAGUUUUUAUACAUCCAGUUAUUUUGAAGUCCCGACAACAACUUUUAGAAGCUCAAAUAUUGUUUCUCCCAACAAUGGCCUUUGCAGCUCAUCUAAUUACAGCCAUGAUGGAAAUGGGCGAAGAGAGAAGCAAAAGAGAUAUGGUAGCAGCCAUGGAAAACACUCCUUUUCCUGGUCACCAGCUACAAUCUCUUCUGCAGGGAGGUUGAGAAACUGCGAUGUUUAUAUAGGCUUCCAUGGACGGAAACCUUCUUUGCUGAGAUUUGCUAAUUGGCUUCGUGCUGAGUUUGAGCUUCAUGGAAUCAGUUGUUUUGCUUCUGAUAGAGCUCAUUGCAGGAAUUCUCGCAGUCGGGAUACAGUUGAGAAGAUAAUGCAUGCAUCAUCCUUCGGGGUUGUGAUCAUAACAAAAAAAUGUUUUGGUAAUUCUUACAGCAUAGAGGAGCUGAAAUAUUUCUUGGAUAAGAAGAGUCUCUGUCCAAUAUUCUUUGAUUUAAGUUCCUGCGACUGUCUUGCGAGGGAUAUAGUUGAGAAAAGGGGGGAAUUGUGGGAAAAAUAUGGUGGUGAGUUGUGGAUGCUGUAUGGUGGUUUGGAGAAAGAAUGGAUAGAAGCAGUUGACGGGCUUUCCAGGACGUUGGAAUGGCAGCUGGAGGCAUAUGAUGGGAACUGGAGGGCCUGUAUACUACAGGCUGUUGUUCUGUUGGCUACCAGACUAGGUAGGAGAAGUGUGUUGGAUAGAGUAAAUAAAUGGAGGGAGAAGGUGGAGAAGGAGGAGUUCCCUUUUCCUAGAAAUGAAGACUUUGUUGGAAGGAAUAAGGAGCUCUCUGAAUUGGAGCUUAUUUUGUUCGGUGAUGUUUCUGGAGAUGGGGAGAGGGAAUAUUUUGAGCUGAAAACUAGGCACAGACGGAAAUCCGUGUUGGUUGGACGAACUAUAAACUUCCGAGAAGACAAAAAUUCAAUUUGUCAGCAUUCUGAGAGCAGCGGUAAAGGGAAAGAGCCUGUUUUGUGGAAGGAAUCGGAGAAAGCAAUCGAGAUGCAGAGGCUGAGCAGUCCAGCAGCGAAGUUCCGCCCUCGUAGAGCUAAAUUUGGCACAAGGAAAAGAUCAAUGAAGAUAGUGUAUAGCAAAAGGAUUGCUUGUGUAUCAGGGGAUUCUGGAAUUGGGAAGACAGAACUAGCCUUAGAAUAUGCUUACAGAUUCUCUCAGAGAUACAAAGUAGUGCUGUGGUUGGGAGGGGAAAGUAGAUACAUCCGUCAGAACUAUUUGAACCUCCACAGCUUUCUGGAAGUUGAUCUCAGCAUCGAAAGCGUUCAUCUUGAUAAGGGAAAGUUGAAGUGUUUUGAAAAGCAGGAAGAUGAAGCCAUAACUAGGAUUAGGAAAGAGCUGAUGAGGGAUAUUCCUUUUUUAGUUGUGAUAGAUAACUUGGAAAGUGAGGACUGGUGGGAUAGGAAAGUUCUAAUGGAUUUCCUUCCCCGUUUUGGUGGUGAAACCCAUUUCAUUAUAACCACACGCCUUCCUCAGGUCAUCAACCUCGAGCCAUUGAAGCUUUCCUACUUAUCCGGCGGUGAAGCUUUGUGUUUGAUGAAAGGGGGAGUAAAAGACUACCCUGUUUCAGAGAUUGAUGCUCUUAGGGUCCUUGAAGAAAAGCUGGGUAGGCUUACUCUGGGUCUUGGAAUUGUAGGAGCAAUCCUUUCAGAGAUUCCAAUAACACCGACUCGUCUCCUUGACACCAUAAACAGGAUGAUGAGCCGAGAUACUGGAUGGAAUGACAGAGAUAGUGUCUCACUUCGUCGACAUGCUUUCCUCGUCGGGCUCUUAGACGUCUGUCUUUCAAUAUUUGAUCAUGCCGAUGGGCCAAGAAGUUUGGCAACUAGAAUGGUUCAAAUCAGCAGCUUUUUCGCUCCCUCUGCAGUUCCAGUCUCCCUAUUAGCUCUAGCAGCACACAAAGCUCUAGAAAAACACAGCGGCUCAUUGUUUUGGAAGAAGAACCUACUAGAUAAGUUCACAAGAUCUCGUCUCAAGAGAACUGAAGCAGAAGCUUCAUCCAUGUUGGUGAGGUUUGCAGUGGCGAGAUGCAGCACCAGGCCGGACUGCAUCUACUUUCAUGAGAUCGUAAAACUAUAUGCUCGCAAGCGUGGAGUUGAUGGAGUUAUGUUAGCAAUGGUUCGGGCUGUUUCGCUACGUGGCUCCAUUUUUCACUCGUCCGAGCACUUGUGGGCGGCCUGCUUUUUGCUCUUUGGGUUUGGGACUGACCGUGUGUUUGUUGAGUUGAAGCCAACUGAGUUAAUUCAGUUCAUUAAGCGUGUAGCUUUACCGCUUGCUGUCCACACCUUCAUCGCCUUUUCGAGAUGUGUUGCAGCAAUGGAGCUGCUUCGGCUCUGCACUGAAGCCCUUGAAGUUGCGGCCGAGUCCCUCGUCUCUCGAUCUGAGAAAUGGUUCGAUAAAUCAUUUUGCUGCUUGAAUCUAAUCCGAUCUGAUGCUCGGUAUAUGCACCUGUGGCAGGAGCUGGCUCUUUCGAAGGCUACUGUCUUGGAGACGAGAGCUAAAUUCAUGCUCAAAGGAGGGAAAUAUGAUAUGGGUGACGACCUCAUUCGGAAGGCGAUAUUCAUCAGGACAUCUAUAAAUGGUGAGCACCACCCAGAUACCAUAUCUGCUAGGGAAACUCUGAGUAAACUCACAAGACUACUCGCAACCGAUCAAGUGCUGCUGUUGCUCCUGCUGCAUGUACGUUUUUCUUACAGCUUCAGUUGAUGCUGCAGAUUUUGGGAUAAUCAAAUACACAGCACUGAAACCAUUGCUAUUUACAAAACUAGCACCAAUUUGACUUUUUUGAACAACCGAACUGAUGCAUUUACGUAUCUCACAA